CAUAUACACUUUCUUCCAUUAUUUUUACAAGCUGAGCCGUUAAAUCCGCAAUGCAAAGGAAAUUCAAAGAAGAAACAGGAAUACCGAUCCCAACAAUUUACUUCCAGCAUCGAAAAAGUGAAGGAUUACGGAUGGUACUGGGGUCCUUUGUCAAGCGAAGCAGCGGAGAAAGUCCUCUCUACCGAACCAGAUGGAAGUUUCAUUGUACGAGACAGUUCUGAUGAUCAUUAUAUAUUCUCCUUGAGCUUUAAACUAAAUAAUUGUGUCCGCCACGUUCGAAUAGAGCAAGAUCAAGGAACAUUUUCAUUUGGUUCAUAUGCAAAAUUUAAGUCGCAAACUAUAACAGAGUUCAUUGAAAAAGCAGUUGAGCACUCAAGAAGUGGACGGUACCUAUUUUUUCUACAUAGACGGCCGGAGCAUGGACCCAUGAGAGUGCAACUAACAAACCCGGUUUCUAGAUUCAAGCAUGUUCAAAGUUUACAACAUAUGUGCAGAUUUGUUAUCUUAAAAACCGUUAUACGCAAAGACUUGAUACAAACGUUGCCAUUACCGAGAAGGAUUUUAGAUUAUCUUAAUUAUAAGCAUUGUUUUUCUGAGCAAAUUGAAAUUGAUAAUUUACAUUCUCAGGAGAAUAACUAGGCAAGGUUUAUAAAGAUCAAAAUGUCGAAAAAGCAUAAAAACACAAAGUAGAAUAUGUUCCAAAAUAAGUUACACUGUAAAAUUUUCAACCAUAAUUAUAAAUUUGUAUCUAUAAUUCAUGUCUCUAUACAUAUAGUCAUAGUAUUAUACACAUAAUGAUGUAAUAAUCAUAUACAGGGUGUCCCAGAAUUAACCUGCCAAACUUGAGGAGAAGGCAGGUGGGGUGGUGAGCUCCCUGA